GCAUGGGGUGGACCCUGCUGCCUUCCAGACAAUAUUUAACCAGAAGGACUUCCGUCCAGUCAUCAACUACAGCAUUCCCACUCAGGUCAACAUCUCCUUUAUUUUGUCUGCCUUCCUGGAAGUGGUGAGUUCUGCCUCCCUGGAAGUGACUUGUGACUGAAAAGCUGAACAGUCACACAGGACCACGUAGGAAACAAAGACAAGAGCUGGACUGGGACCAGAUCUCUGGGCAUUAAUCAUCCUGAAUGAGGACUUCUUUUUGUCAGGAUGAACAACUUCAGCUGCUGACAUCAUUCCUGUAGUUAAAGUUGCAUGGAUGUGAAUCAGACCCCAGAAGGCCUCUCUGCCUAUGUGACCAAUGACGGUCACAUCACAUAUAACAAACCAAUGCGGGUGACCAGCAUCUGUAGCCUGGACAUCUUCUACUUCCCCUUUGACCAGCAGAACUGCACGCUCACCUUUAGCUCUUUCCUCUACACAGUGGAAAACGUGCUGCCGCGCAUGGAAAAGGAAGUGUGGGAGAUAGUGGACACCUCACGUGACGUUGUCCGUACGCAAGGGGAGUGGGAGCUCCUGGGCAUCAACAAGGCCACCCCAAAGAUGUUUGUGGGCUCUAGUCUUUUUGACCAGAUCAUGUUCUAUGUGGCCAUCAGGCGCAGGCCCAGCCUCUACAUCAUAAACCUCCUUGUGCCCAGUAGCUUCCUGAUUGCCAUCGAUGCCCUCAGGUUCUACCUGCCGGCAGAAAGCGAGAAUCGUGCCCCAUUCAAGAUAACACUUCCGGGCUACAACAUCUUCCUGCUUAUGAUGAAUAAACUACUUCCCGCUAGUGGCACCCCCCUCAUCAGUGUGUACUUUGCCCUGUGUCUGUCCCUGAUGGUGGUCAGCCCGCUGGAGACCAUCUUCAUCACCUACCUGCUGCACCUGGUCACCACCCAGCCCCCACCCAUGCCUCGGUGGCUCCACUCUCUGCUUCUCUACUGGGCCAGCCCAAGGAAAUGCUGCCCCACUGCGCUCUGGAAGGAGAAUGUGGGCCCAGGCUUCACGCCCAAUCACCUACCUGGACCGAAGGAGCCAGGGCAGUUGGUACGGAAGGAGCUGGGACCCAGACAGGCAGAGAUGAAUGGAGGCUCGGGGCUGACAAGCACCCAGCUAGCUGACCUAUGGGUGCAGUUCAGCCACAUGACGGACACCUUCCUCUUUCACCUCUACCUGCUCUUCUUGGCCUCCUCCAUCAUCACAGUCAUUGUCCUCUGGAACGCCUAGGACUUGAAUUCUAAUGGUGCAAGAGCAAGCCAGUGGUCAGGUUUCUUCAGCUUCAACUGACUGUCCCAGACCCCGUUCCUCUGCUCCAGUUUGUGUACACAGUUCCAAAUAUGCCAUGAUCCCUGCUCCAUGGCUUAAACAGAACCUCUGCAGACCCUCUCAGAAAUAUGACUAUAUUGAGGUGUCUGGGUGGCUCAGUCAGUCAAAUAUUUCUGAGUUCUGCACAGAGCAGAUCCCAGACCCUGGUCAUGAUCCCAGGGUCCUGGGCUUUAGGCUCAUAUCAGGCUCAUUUCUUGGUGAGGAGUCUGCUUCUCCCUCUCCCUCUGCCUGCUACUCCCCCAGCUUGUGCGCACUCU